AUGUCGGUGCUAUUUCAAAUGUUCGGAAUCUUUUCCACCUGUAUUUGGUCAGCUAUAUGGAUAAAUGUCGUCCAAGUUCCUACUAUAAGUGGAUGUAAGUUGUGCAACAGCAAAGUGGAACGAGAGAAAAGAUUGAUUACUGUCCAAGGACAAAUUUUGGCGAAGCUCGGUUUAAAGAAGCCCCCAGAUGAAAGUAAAAGUGCUUCGAAUGUGAGUCGUCAGGUCUUGCAGACCUACAAAAGUGCGGUGAGGGAAAAAGACAAGCUUUUACUUGAAACGAAAAUUUGCCGUUCCCAGAUUGACACCGAAGAGUUUUUCGCGAAGAGAGUUGAGCGAAUUCUGAUGGAAAAAGAGGUCGCACGAACGGCUGUAUCAAGUGAGUAUGCCAUGAUAACCUUAAAGCUGAUUUACAUUUAAAAAAACUUUUAAUUAGUUUUGUUGUUUCAUGAUCCAUCGUCUUCAUUUAAUGAAUACCGAGAUUUUAGUUUAUCGCCACAUUCACUUUUCUCUUGCUAACUUGUCAUGACAGCCGUCAUAAAAUUAUCAUUUAUAACUACAAGAACAGGAAAAUACGCUUGGAACUCUGUUAAUCUGACUGUGAAGGAAACGAAAAUUGUAGUUUGAGAGAAUGGCGAGUCCGAGAUAUCCGAUAGUAAGUGGACGAGGUUACACUGUUCUUGAAUAAGUUUCUGUAUACAUUGAAAAAAAAAACUCCAAACGAAGUUCAAGAUGAAGAGAGAUGUUUUUCCAAAGUCUUGUUACGAGAGUUUGACGAAGGAAAGAUUUUAGUUCCCAUGAGGAAUCAAAUCUUAGAUCUUAAGAUUUCGCGCUCUGAUGCUCUAUCACUGUACAACAGGGAACGAUAUGGUGAAAUAGGUAACGAACUGACAGAAUAACUUGACUAUUUCACAGGUUCUAAAGACAGGAAUGUCAAAGAUAUAUACUGGCUGAGGUUUAAUACCAGUAGGCUGGUGAAGGAGAAAGUUAGCGUGUCUCUGGCAGAGCUGCGCGUUUAUCAGACACCAAACCAGCGACAUCCUGUGAGUGAUGUGCGAAUUGAUGUUUGUGAAAACACACGAAAAUACAACAAAAACAACAUAAAUGGCUGCUCCACUGUGCUAAGUACAAAAUGGAGCGUGUCCACUGAAGAGAAAUGGAUCUCUUUCGAUGUGACCUCAGUGGUUCAGGGAUGGUUAGAUGAUUCAGAAACGAACCACGGAUUGACAGUGACUGUUACAAGUUCUUUACCUACGGGAAACGAUUGGCAUGUCUCUCCAAUUUAUCUGGGCGAUGUCGAUCCAGUGCUCAACAAUGUGGAAAGCGAAGACGACGAGCCAUGGCCGCAUAUUCUCGCCUGGUUUGUGCCUAAUGAACGAGUGCAGUCGACAAAAAGAAAAAGACGAUCUCUUAAUUCGGAUUACUGCCGGAUACGACCAAAAGAGACUCGCUGCUGCCUUCGCUCGCUGUACGUGGACUUUCGAAAGGAUUUGCGGUGGAAUUGGAUACAUGCGCCUAAAGGUUUCUACCCAAACUACUGCGCAGGACAGUGUUCUUUUAUGUGGGGAGUUGAUAAAAAAAAUCAUCACACCUCCAUCAUGACUUUGUACAACAAGAUCAAGCCUAGCGCUCCAGGGGACCCCUGCUGUGUACCUAAGACUUAUGAGCCCCUGGUCAUUCUGUACUUCAAGGACGGUGAACCCAAAAUCGAGGAACUGUCCAAUAUGGUGGUCAAUGAGUGCAUAUGCCUGUAA